AUGAGCGCGCAUCACUUCAGGGGGAUGAUGAGGAACUGUAUACUGCUGGUUAUCUUUGGAGUCUACCUGCAAGUGGUGAAAUGCACCCCAAGAUGUCCACUAUAUGGUUCUAUAGCAGUUUGCACCAACCUGUCUCUAUAUCAGGUCCCUGCACUGCCUCCAUACAUUACCCAUGUGUAUAUGAGGGAUAACUACAUCAGUGAGAUAAAUGAGACAUCUUUCUCUGGGCUUGAAGGGCUAAAGGAACUGGACCUCAGUUGGCAACGAGUCAAUGGGCUAACUAUAAGAACUAACACCUUUCAAAGACUGGCAAACUUGGCAGUGCUCUAUUUAGGACAUAAUAGAGGUUUACAGAUUGAGCCAGAUGCGUUUGUGGGACUGUCCAACCUGAGAACGCUCUCUCUGUAUGUGUGUGACCUGACUGAAUCCAUAUUACAGGGCGACUAUCUCAGGCCCCUGGUGUCUUUGAAAACGCUAGAUCUGUAUGGUAACCAAGUGAAAAGAAUCCAACCUUCACCAUUCUUUGUGAACAUGACAGAUUUCCAAGAGUUAAACAUGACCCUAAACCAGAUGGAAAGCAUAUGUGAGGAAGAUUUGCUUGGCUUUUGUGGCAAACACUUUCGGUUGCUCAAAUUGAACAGCGUCUAUCUAAAUGGUAUGACUCAAAAUGGUUUUGACUGGAAACGAUGUGGAAAUCCCUUUAGAAACAUGUCUAUAGAGACACUUGACUUAUCUUCCAACGGAUUCAACGUGGACAAGGCAAAAUUGUUUUUCAAUGCAAUCCAAGGAACGAAAAUUCACCAUAUUAUUCUGGAACACAGCACCAUGGGAAAAUCAUUUGGUUUCAGCAAUUUCAAAGACCCAAACAAGAAAACAUUCAAUGGCCUCAAGAAUAGUGGCAUCAAGAUUCUAGAUUUGUCCAAAUGCUUUAUAUUUGCUUUGCAAUAUGCAGUAUUCAGUCCACUGAGAGAGGUAGAGGACAUAACAUUAGCCCAAAACAAAAUUAACCAGAUCGACAGGGGGGCGUUUUGGGGUCUUGAAAAUUUACAAAGACUCAACCUGUCACACAAUCUUAUGGGGGAAAUCUAUUCUUACACAUUUGACAAUCUACCCAAUAUUUUAGAAUUAGAUUUAUCUUACAAUCAUAUUGGUGCAUUGGGAUAUCAGGCAUUUACAGGACUUCCAAACCUACAAAUCCUGGAUCUUACAGGAAACUCUAUUCGGCAUCUAGGUACAUAUGGUUACCUUGCACCACUACCAAACCUGCAAUUUCUUCAUUUGGCUGAUAAUAAGAUCACAUCCUUAGAGGGCCUCUUGGGCUUUGCUAACAGUACUAUCAUACUGAAUGUUCAAAACAACAGGUUAACUAAUUUAGAGGAUGUAUAUAUUGUGUUAGCUAAAUUCAUGCGCAUUGAGCGUAUCUGGUAUGGUAACAACAACAUAAAGUGGUGCAUCUUUAGCAGUAAUAUUUCAGUGCCCGCUGUAAACUCUCUAAAGCUGCUGGAGCUCAGGAACAUCGCCCUGCACAUUUUAUGGGGACAUGGAGUGUGUUUGGACGUAUUUGAAAAUCUUAUCAAGCUUUUUAGUCUGGAUUUAAGCUUUAACUCGCUGAGGGCUCUCCCAGAUGGCAUAUUCAAAGGCCUCGUCUCUCUGGAAGAGAUGGAUCUCAGCUUCAACUCUCUCACAUACCUCCAGCCAGACAUUUUCCCAGCGAGUCUCAAAACAGUUGACCUCUCCUACAAUUUCCUUUCUUCUCCUGACCCAGCGACUUUCAGUUCUCUCAGCUGGAUCAACUUAUAUAGGAAUCGCUUCCACUGUGACGGUGGCCUGAAGGACUUUCUGACGUGGAUGAACAGGACCAAUGUGACUUUUCCAGACCCCGGCGUGGCUGAAUUCAGCUGUGAGUUCCCCUCGGAUCUCCAUGGUGUCAGCCUGUUGAAUUACAGCAAAGUCAUAACGGAAAAGUACCCAAAACCAUCUUUGACAAAAAUAUAA